AUGGCGGAGGCAGACCUCCUUGACCUCCUCCACAUCCUCAACGAUUUAAGUGAGGACGACUUUAAGAAUUUCAAAUGGUUCCUGAAGAUUGAAAAAAAGGGCGACAUCGAACCCAUUCAAUGGGCCCAGCUGGAGAAGGCAGAGAGGAGAGACGUGGUGGAUCUGAUGGUGCAGAAAUAUGAACUAGCUGGAGCUGUGGAGGUGAUGAAGAGCGUUUUAAAGAAGAUCAGCAGGAAUGAUCUGGUGAAGAAGUUAUCAAACAUCAGCUCAGGAUCAGAAGGAGCAGUGAGCAGUGGCACUGACAGGAGUAUCAACCCUAACACAGAUGUUUCUGAUGGUGGGAGUAAACCAGAGCAACCAGCAGAAACCCACACUAACACUGGGGAAACAUCUAAACUCAUCACAGAGACGACCGGAGACAACAAGGGUUCAAACCCAGGACCUUCUAGCUGUGAGGCAACAGUGCCAAAAACUGAGACACCUCACUGCUCACACACAGAAAGUGGAAAGCAGGAGGGUUUAGACGAACAUCAACACAUUCUGAUAACUAGAUGUCAACAUCUGACUGAAGAAACUGAUGAAGCAGGAAGGAAAAUCCCCUUCAACAGCUCCUACACUGAGGUGGUGCCUCACCUCUAG